GCAGCUGCGGGGCGGAGCCAGACAACUCCUCCUGCCAGUCCCGCGGUCGAGCUAGCCGAGGCAGGCUCCGUGCGGAUCAACAAGUGUCGCGGAGACCUCCGCCUCCUGACCCGCUUGCGACACCUCAUUGCACAGGGAGAAAAACAGGCCAGAAUUUUCUGAACAGCAGCUGUAGCAGCCAUGGCCCCACCCUGGGUGCCCGCUGUGGGCUUCACACUGGCGCCCAGCCUCGGGGGCUUCCUGGGCUCCCACUUUGUCCGUGGCGAGGGCCUCCGCUGGUAUGCUGGCCUGCAGAAGCCCUCGUGGCACCCGCCCCGCUGGGCACUGAGUCCCAUCUGGGGCACGCUCUACUCGGCCAUGGGGUAUGGCUCCUACAUGGUCUGGAAAGAGCUAGGGGGCUUCUCAGAGGAGGCUGUGGUUCCUCUGGGCCUCUAUGCCGGGCAGCUCGCCCUGAACUGGUCAUGGCCCCCCAUCUUCUUUGGUGCCCGACAAAUGGGCUGG